AUCCUCCUCACAUCUUAAGCCAUCUCCACACACACACACGAUUAUAGAUCUUAGGAGAACAUACAACACAAAAUCAGUCUUAGAAGCUCAAUGACGACCACCACCAUGUCCAUUUCCUCCUCGACCUUCGCCGGCAAGGCAGUGAAGAAUGCGGCACCAUCGGCUCUCUUCGGAGAGGCCCGUGUCUCAAUGCGCAAGACAGCCGCGAAAGCCAAGCAGGUUUCCUCGGGCAGCCCAUGGUACGGCGCUGACCGUGUGCUCUAUCUCGGCCCGCUUUCCGGCGAGCCCCCAAGCUACUUGACCGGCGAGUUCCCCGGUGACUAUGGGUGGGACACUGCUGGGCUGUCGGCUGACCCCGAGACGUUCGCCAAGAACCGUGAGCUGGAGGUGAUCCACUCCAGGUGGGCUAUGCUCGGUGCGCUUGGCUGCGUCUUCCCCGAGCUACUUGCCCGCAACGGUGUCAACUUUGGAGAGGCCGUGUGGUUCAAGGCUGGCUCCCAAAUCUUCAGCGAGGGUGGACUCGACUACCUCGGCAACCCCAGCCUUGUCCAUGCCCAAAGCAUCCUCGCUAUUUGGGCCUGUCAGGUUGUGCUCAUGGGUGCCGUCGAGGGGUAUCGUGUUGCUGGUGGCCCGCUCGGUGAGAUCGUUGACCCACUCUACCCUGGCGGCAGCUUCGACCCCCUCGGUCUUGCCGAUGACCCUGAGGCUUUCGCGGAGCUCAAGGUGAAGGAACUUAAAAACGGCCGUCUUGCCAUGUUCUCCAUGUUCGGCUUCUUUGUGCAGGCCAUUGUCACCGGCAAGGGCCCUCUAGAGAACCUGGCUGACCAUCUUGCCGACCCCGUUAACAACAAUGCAUGGGCUUUCGCCACCAACUUUGUUCCCGGCAAUAAAAUGACUGGCUCCCAAAUCUUCAGUGAGGGCGGACUCGACUACCUUGGCAACCCCAGCCUUGUGCAUGCCCAAAGCAUCCUCGCUAUUUGGGCCUGUCAGGUUGUGCUCAUGGGUGCCGUCGAGGGGUAUCGUGUUGCUGGUGGCCCGCUCGGUGAGAUCGUUGACCCACUCUACCCUGGCGGCAGCUUCGACCCCCUCGGUCUUGCCGAUGACCCUGAGGCUUUCGCGGAGCUCAAGGUGAAGGAACUUAAAAAUGGCCGUCUUGCCAUGUUCUCCAUGUUCGGCUUCUUUGUGCAGGCCAUUGUCACCGGCAAGGGCCCACUAGAGAACCUGGCCGACCAUCUUGCCGACCCCGUUAACAACAAUGCAUGGGCUUUUGCCACCAACUUUGUUCCCGGCAAGUAAGAAGUUCUUGACGGCUGCGACUUGCAGCUGUUUCAGGCCUACACGUGGUGUAUUUUGCAUCAUUUGGUUUGAUUUGUACUACCAUGAUGUUGUAAAUUACGAGGAUUCUCGUGGAAAAUAUGCCUCUUUUUGAA